UUAUAUCAAGUCUCUAGUUACAAUGGUCAAAAUGUAGUAUUUUACCCGGUAUAUAAAAUAAAUGUGACACCAUUGGAACCACGGUCACGGGAACUGUUUGGAACAUACUGGCAACGUUGCUCACGCCAACCGUCAAAUCUCUAACCUCAAACUUAUGAAAUUUUUACAUUUUUUAUCUUUUUAAAUUUUAUUUUAGUUCACUUCAUGAAACUCUUAAUGCCGUACUAUAAUGGAAUCGGACGAUCUCCUAAAAGUUGAUAUAGAUUUUCUUCGUAAGUACAUCACCAAAACUCAUUAUGCGAAACGGAUGAGCUUUUGGAACAAUUAUUUUGAGAAAUAUGAGAAACUCAUUGCGGAAGAUACGUAUUAUGUCAGGAAGGGCAAUGAUGAAUACGAUCCAAAACCAGAAAUUAAGCUAACGGAAGAUGAUACUGUUGGUCAACCAAGUAUCAAAAGUGGUUGGCUAGUGGAAAGCUGUUGUGAUAUUGUUCCCGAUCGGAGUUGUAAGGGAGCAAGUAGUUGGUUAGACGAAGAAGAGACAGAUUUGAUAGUUCCCACGUGUGGUGCUACGAUUUUACAAAAUUCAUUCGUCCAGAACUGGCGGGUAGAACCUGCCAAUUCUGUACCAAGCACUUUCGGAGAUUCCACCCAUUUCAGUGUGACAAUUUUACCAGCAGCAGUAAAAUCUUUUAUUGAAGAUGAACUAAAUAGUAAUCUAUCCGCCGUUAUCUAUAAACGUUAUUGUGCGCAGGUUGAAAAUAACGUAGAGGAAUAUGAGUACUGGACAAGGGUGGUAAUGCAUGAUUUAAGUGUUUUAAGUGAAAUAAUUGACAAUAAGAGUUUAUGUGAGUACUCACAAUCGGCUCUGUUAGAGUUAAUUACAACAAACAGCAAUGGAAAGAGCGAGGUGUUUUAACCUUUUAUGUGUGUAACAUUUUUAUUAAUUGUAAAUGCUAUUUUAUUUAAAAAAUAAUUUAUUAGGUAGACAUAUAUGUUAAUUGAAUUACUUAAGUAAAUGCUAGCAAAAAUA